AUAGAGUCGCUAUAGAAAGUGUUACCAAACUUUUUUGUGUGGUGGUCUGUGGGCGGCGCGCGCACAUCCAGCCGAACUCACGGUGCGCCAGGCGAUGCGUUUCAUCCGGACGCGCGCACAUCGAUACAGCGGAGAGUGGAGUGGAUCUGACCGCUGAAGGGGGCAUCUCCUACUGUUACCCAACCAAUGUGAUACCCUCCGGCUCUUCGGGAGAGGAGUUCCUCUGUCGACGCGCUCGUCUUCACCUUGUUUAGGCUACUCUUUCCAGCAAUAUUUCUCCACAUUUAGAGAAUAAUGGAAGCGCUCGCGACGAGAUGCGCACUCUUUCUUGCGCAGAUCGCACUCUUCAGUAACACAGCAGAUGUAUCAGAAGCAUAUGGAUUCAGAUCACAGAAGAAACUCUCAGAGAACAUAGACUGGUCGUAUGCGGGAACUCUAAACCAAAAUAACUGGGCAAAGAAAUACCCAUCAUGCAACAAUGCCAAACAGUCACCAAUAAACAUUGAAGAGAGCCUGACGCAGGUCAAAAUCAAGUUCCAGAAGCUGAGAUUUGAGGGAUGGGCGGAAAAGACAUCAGACUCCACUACAAUAAAGAAUGAUGGGAAAACUGUGGCCAUCGAUGUGGGAGGAGAGUUUUAUGUGAGUGGAGGGGGGCUCAGGUCCAAGUUUAAGGUGGGACGAAUCACUUUCCACUGGGGCCUGUGCAAUGCCUCCUCUGACGGUUCGGAGCACGGCCUCAAUGGAGGCAAAUUCCCCCUGGAGAUGCAGAUAUAUUGUUACGAUCCAGAUGUUUUCAGUGACCUCGAUGAGGCCUUCAGAGAAGGAGGAAAGAUCACAGCGUUGGCUGUGCUGUUUGAGACAAGAACUGAUGAUAAUGAAAACUACAUGGCCAUCAUUGACGCGGUCAACAGUGUCAGCCGUUAUGGAAAGAGCGGCCCCAUCUCUCCGUUCACCUUGCAGGGUCUCCUGCCCAACUCCACGGAGAAGUACUUCAUCUAUAACGGCUCUCUGACCACCCCUCCCUGCUCUGAGACUGUAGAGUGGAUCGUCUUCAAAAACACAGUGGCCAUCUCAGAUGUUCAGCUGGAGAUGUUCUGUGAGGUCAUGACCAUGCAGCAGGCUGGGUAUGUCAUGCUAAUGGAUUACCUGCAGAAUAACUACAGAGAGCAGCAGGAGCAAUUUAUGGGACAAGUCUUCUCAUCCUACACUGGCGUCGAGGAGGUCCACACUCCCAUUUGCAGUUCAGAGCCGGAGAACGUGCAAGCCAACCCUCAUAAUUACACCAGUAUGCUUGUAAUCUGGGAGAGACCACGUGCCGUUUACGACUCGAGCAUAGAGAGAUACUCCGUCACCUAUCGGCCGGCCCAUGGCGAUGAUGAAUCUGCAAAGGAGUACUUGACUGAUGGAGACCAGGACAUUGGGGCGAUCAUUCAGGACCUGGUGGCCAACACCAGUUACAUGGUGCAGGUUGUUGCCGUGUGCACCAAUGGUCUGUAUGGCAGAGUGAGUGACCAGCUGACAGUGGACAUGCCCCUGGAUGAUCCUGAAGCAGACAAUGACUCUGAAUCAUUUGACUAUGAUGAUGAGGAAGACUACCACAUCAACCCCUUUUUGAUUAGACCCGAUACAAAUCAGCUUCCAUAUCCUUUCCAAACCACCACAACCAGCCCCAGAGUUACAACAACAGAGCGCCCAGUCCAUCCAGUCAUUAAGACAACACCAAGGACUCAUGAAAGAAGACUCCCGGUAGAAGACUCCCAGAAGACUCCUGAUCAAUAUAUUCCAGUGAUAUACACAGAUAAACCUACAGUAAAAUACACAGACCAACCUACCACCUCUGCAACUACAACCACCAUAUUUGUUGUAGAUGCACACACCACAAGGCCAGAUAGUUCUAAUGUUGUAGCAGGUGUAUCCUCAGAGUCUGAUGGUCGAAGCAGUACCUUCACGGAUUUUCCAGCAAGUGUCACCCCUGAAACAAGUGGAACCAUUGAAGCAACUGGAAUAUUUGAAACAAGUGGAACAAUUGAAACUAGUGUCACCCCUGAAACAAGUGGAACCCCUGAAACAAAUAGAAUCACUGAAACAAGUGUCACCCCUGCAACAAGUGGAACCAUUGAAAUGUAUGCCACUCCUGAAACAAGUGAAACCAUUGAAACAAGUUGGUCCAAUGAAAUAAUUGGAACAGUUGAAACAAGUGGAACCAAUGAAACAUAUGUCGCCCCUGGAACAAGUGGAACCAUUAGAACAAUUGGAACCAUUGAAACACAUGUUACCCUUAAAACAAGUGGAACCCUUGAAACAAAUAUCAACCCUGAAACAAGUAGAACCCUUGAAUCAUUUGUAACAUUAGCUUCGAUAGACAUUUCGGGGGUUGAGGAAGUGACUCGACCCGUAACCAACUCAGACAGCUAUGGUGAUCGUUUAACGACUGUAGCCCUAUUGCCUGAAAUCCCAAUGGAAUCAACUUCCUCUACCCUUCCCCCUGAGGUCCCUCUGCGGCCUACAACUGCUAGCUUGCUAUUUCCAACCACUGCCGCUUUCAACACUGUUCUGUCGCAGACCACCCAGCCGGUGUUUAAUGGUGAGAGCACCUCGUAUGCCCCCUCUGUAUCUGACACUUUGUCCUACGUGCAUGCAAGUCCUGUCUCCCCCUACUCCUUAAGCAGUGUGUUGUCUGAGCCCAUCCCUGACUGGGACAUCCCCUACACUGUUUCCAUGCUGGUGUCUGGUGGUGCACAGUCUAUCACCCCUUCCCCUUCCUACCCUACCCUAUUCCUCACUGGCUCUGUGUCUUAUUUUGACAUGGAGCCUGUCUCUAGUGGUGGUUGUAAUGAUGAUGAUGGUGAUGAUGAUGUUUUGUCUGGGUCUAUCUUGACUGACCCCCAGUGUAGAAGUACUCUUCCCCUUCAAACGUUACCAGAAGCGACUGCUUCUGUUGUCUCCAUGCAGCCAAACUAUGAACACGACCUUAUACACCCCUCUGAGCACACGAGUACUGUCUCCAUGCUAAGCACUCUUGCAUAUCUCCAGCCAUCGGUUCCUGUCUUUAGGGACUACUCUCUGAUGAUGACUACAACCCUUGACUCUGAUGAUUCUCUCUCAGGUAGCAUUGGGGAGUCUUGCCUGCCGACAGAGUGGGUAGAUUCUUCUCUAGUAGCUCCUACUUUUAGUCAAGACAGUGGUGCAUCUAGUGAAAUCUCUUUGCAUGCCUCUCUAAACAUCCUGCUGCCCUCCUCUACUUUGGGAUUGUCCCCUUGUAGUGGUCUCUCGUGUGACCUAUCUAGUCCUGUAGAUCUAGAUUCAUUUCUGUCCACCUCCAGUGCCGGUACUCCUCUGUGCAGCAACACAGACUUGGACCUCCGUGCCAAGGCUCUUUUGUCUUCUCUUCCCUUUUCCACCAAGCCUUCUAGUGACCUCAGCAUUUCUGUUGCAGCCACCAUCAGCAGCGUUGCACAAAGUGCAACCGGACAGUCCCAGGGAGCACCUACUCCCAUAAGAUCUUCAACCAUUGCGCCAACCUCUACUCCAGUAUUCAGAGCCAUACCUACUCCUGUGGUGACCCCAACCCUUGCGCCAACCUCUGCCCCAGAAUCCAUCUCUGUGGUUGCUCCUGUUGUGCCCCCAACUGUUGCCCUCUCCUCUGCUCCAGAGUCCAGUUCCAUUCCUACACAUUCUGCUGAUGGGCAGCUGGAGAACAGUGCCUCGGGCUGGGCACUCGAUUUAGAUUGGGGCCAGAACUCAGCAUCUGGAGAUGAGAGUGUCAUCCCAUAUAUCACUACUGCCUCUCCUACAGAGGUAUCUCCUGAUGAGGCAGAUGAUGGGAAUGAGGAGCACUCUUCCUCUUUCUACUUCGAAGGUGAGAACGGGACAGAAAUUGAAGCUACUGACUUCAGGGUCACCCUGCGGCCCAGUCCAUCCUGGACCUUACGAGGAAGUGGGGAAGAGGAGAGCGGAUCAGGUGAAAACCUCACAGAUAAUGAGACAUCUUCAGACUUCAGUAUUCCAGAGCGCACUGAGAGGGAUUCAGAGGAGGAACCAGUGGAAGAUGCCAGUAACAGCAGUCAUGAGUCGCGGGUGGGCCUGGUGAGCAGCAUUGAGCGGCACAAGAAGGCUGUGGUUCCUCUGGCUGUGGUCUCCACCCUCACCUUCCUGGGUCUCAUUGUUUUGAUUGGCAUUUUUAUCUACUGGAGGAAGUGUUUUCAGACUGCUCAUUUCUACAUUGAAGACAGCACAUCACCCAGGGUAAUAUCCUCCUCGCCAAUGCUGAGCCCUUUAGGUGAACAUGAACCCCAGUCAGUAAAGCAAUUUGUAAAGCAUGUGACCGAGCUUCACAACACCAACUCAUUUUCCCGAGAGUUUGAGAUAUUGAAAGAGUAUUUUGAGGAAGUUCAGACGUGCACCGUGGACCUUGGAACAACUACAGACUGUUCCACCCAUCCGGACAAUAAGAACAAGAACCGAUACGUCAACAUUUUAGCUUAUGACCACAGCAGAGUGCGACUCGCACCCCUGAGCGACAAAGAUGGAAGAAGCGGAGGGGACUAUAUAAAUGCCAACUACGUGGAUGGUUUUAACAAACAGAAAGCCUACAUUGCAGCACAAGGGCCCUUGAAGUCCAGCACACUGGAUUUCUGGCGGAUGGUGUGGGAGCAGAAUGUUGGAGUGAUUGUUAUGAUCACAAACCUGGUGGAGAAAGGAAGGAGGAAGUGUGACCAGUACUGGCCUCUGGAGAACCAGGAAGAGUAUGGCUGUUUUUUGGUUACUGUAAAGAGCACAAAAGUCCUCGCGUACUACACCCAGAGAACCUUCACCAUCAGAAAUACCAGCAUAAAGAAGGGUUCUCAGAAAGGUCGUAGUAAUGAGAGGACGGUAAUACACUACCACUACACACAGUGGCCAGACAUGGGCGUACCUGAGUAUGUCCUGCCUGUGCUUUCAUUCAUCUACAAGUCCUCUAGAGCCAAAACAGAUGACAUGGGUCCAGUGAUUGUACACUGCAGUGCUGGUGUGGGCCGAACAGGGACCUACAUAGUGUUGGACAGCAUGUUAAAACAGAUUAAAGAGCAGGGGACAGUCAACAUUAUGGGCUUCCUCAAACACAUUCGUACACAACGGAACUAUCUAGUUCAAACGGAGGAGCAGUACAUCUUUACCCAUGAUGCUCUAGUUGAGGCCAUUUUGAGUCGGGAAACAGAGGUGCCAUCAAGCCAUAUUCAUCAGUAUGUUAACAACCUCCUGACCCCAGGGUCCUCGUGCAAGACAUGCCUGGAAAAGCAGUUUAAAUUGGUGUGCAAGUCGAAUGCCAAACAGAACGAUUACACCAGUGCCCUGAAUGACUGCAACAGAACGAAGAACAGGAGCUGCUCUCUGAUUCCUGUGGAGAAAUCCAGGGUGUGUUUGUCCACAUCAGCAGGAGAGACGUCAGACUACAUCAAUGCCUCAUAUGUCAUGGGCUAUCGGCAGAGCAAAGAGUUCAUCAUUACCCAGAAUCCUUUACCCAGCACAGUGAAGGACUUGUGGAGGAUGGUGUGGGAUCACAACGCCCAGGUUAUUGUGUCAUUACCGGAUACAAGUAGCACGACAGAAGACAGCGAGCCAAUCAUAUUCUGGCCCAUGAGAGAUCAGCCAAUCAGCUACGAGACGUUCUCUGUAUCGUUAAGAGGGGAGGGCCACGUGUGCCUGUCCAAUGAAGACAUGUUGAUAGUGCAGGAUUACAUCUUAGAGGCGACACAGGAUGAUUUUGUUCUAGAAGUGAAGCAUUACCGGACGCCACGCUGGCCCAACCCAGACAGUCCUAUUAGUAACGUCUUUGAGCUGAUCAACAUCAUCCAAAAAGAGUCCGGCUCCAAAGAUGGACCCAUGGUCGUACAUGACGAACAUGGCGGUGUGACUGCGGGAACGUUCUGUGCGCUGUUCACUCUCCUGCAGCAGCUUGAGGCAGAGAGCGUGGUGGACGUCUACAUGGUGGCCAAAAUGAUCAACCUCAUGAGGCCUGGAGUCUUUACUGACAUUGAUCAGUACCAGUUCCUCUACAAAGCCAUCCUGAGUUUGGUCAGCACCCAAGAAGACGAGCGAGCGCUUCAGUCCUCCGACAACAACGGCACGGUCCCAGGAGGCGUCUCGAGUGCGGCCGAGAGUCUGGAAUCCUUGGUGUAACCAUAGUGAUGAGCCGGCACAGGAAAAAGACUCAUUUUUUCUAUCAAAGAAUGCUCUUGUUUUCCCCAGUCCAUCUCUGAACUGAUAGCGCUCUGCUGGAUGCAGCGCCGUCAUUAAAUGUGUGCCUUUGUACACUCCACAUUUUUAUUAAUUGUUUCUCUCUUAAACCGCCACCUUGUGCUAAUGUCUUACGUACUAAUGUCUUCUCAUAGAGUCUCGUAUUUAUUUGCUUAAAAGCUUGUUUAAAGGGAAAAAACUUUUUUAUUUUAAUAAGACUGUUUUUUUAUUAGCCUAUCUUUUGUAGUAGAAUUUCCGCCACUGUUUUUCAUACAAAUAUACAAAGAAAGUGGCAAAAUCAGUCAUGGAUAAGGGCAGGAAAUAAUAUUCUAAUGUGUAAAUAAUAUUACAGCAACCACAUCGAUGGACCAAAUUUCUAUUUAUGUCUAGAAUUUUAUAUUUGAGGCACUAGUGCUUUACAAGGCAUGGCUGCGUUUUAAUAAUUUAGUCACAUUUGAAAUGGUGUUUUAAUAUUUCUGAUGCCUCACUGUUUUGUUACUGACGUAAGAUGAAGCAUUACAUACUGACACUGUUUAGCUGUACAAGAUGUUUUGUCUGUUUGUAGGAUUAAAUGAAACAAGAAAGCAC